AAAUCAAGAGGCAGGUAAAGAGCUGCUGCAUUAGCCUGAGACCUAGAGAAGGGCAAGAAUGAAGAGCCUUCUCCCUCUGCUCAUCCUCUGCCUCACAGGCUCCCAUUGCUUCCCUGCACAUUUGGAAAUUAAAGAGCAAGACCGAGAAAUGGUCCAGAACUAUCUUGAGAAAUUCUAUGACCUAAAAACUGUUGGAGUGAAACUUACAAAGAACAAAGACAGUAGCCCAGUUGUUGAGAAGCUCAAGAAAAUGCAGGGAUUCUUUGGAUUGAAAGUUACUGGGAAGCCAGAUAAUGAAACUCUAACGAUGAUGAAACAGCCUAGAUGUGGGGUCCCUGAUGUGUCUCGGUUUGCCGUCACUGAAGGAAAUCCUAAGUGGGAAAAGAAAGACCUUACCUACAGUAUUGAAAACUACACACCAGAUUUAGCAAGGGAAGACGUGGACAAUGCCAUCAGGAAAGCAUUUAAAGUCUGGAGUGAUGUGUCCCCCUUGACAUUCACCAAGAUCUCUGAGGGUGAAGCAGAUAUAAAGAUCUCUUUUUACUAUGGAGAUCAUCGUGAUAAUUCUCCCUUUGAUGGUCCCAAUGGAAUUCUUGCUCAUGCCUUCCAACCAGGCCCAGGUAUUGGAGGGGAUGCUCAUUUUGAUGAAGAUGAAAAAUGGACAAAAGACCAUAGAAAUUACAACUUGUACCGUGUUGCUGCCCACGAGUUCGGCCAUUCUCUGGGUCUUUCCCAUUCCUCUGAUAUUGGUGCCUUGAUGUACCCCAGCUAUGCUUUCAGUGACCCCAAUGAUAUCCAGCUUUCUCAGGAUGAUAUUGAUGGCAUUCAAGCCAUCUAUGGGCCCAGUGAUAAUCCCAUCCAGCCAACAGGACCAACAACACCACAAGCCUGUAAUAGGAAAUUAACCUUUGAUGCUGUCACCACACUCCGGGGAGAAAAAAUGUUCUUCAAAGACAGGUUCUACCUCCGUAAGAGCCCCUAUGAUUCAGAGGCAGAAGUCAAUUUAAUUUCUCUGUUCUGGCCAAGUCUCCCAAGUGGGAUUGAAGCUGCUCAUGAAGUUACAGAACACGACAUAGUCAGGUUCUUCAAGGGUGACAAGUAUUGGGCCACACGGGGACAGGAUGUGUUGCCAGGUUACCCCAGGAGCAUCCACAGGUCGUUUGGUUUUCCUACAACUGUGAAGAAAAUUGAUGCUACUUUUUCUGACGAAUAUGAUGGAAAAACAUACUUCUUUGUAGGGAACAAGUACUGGAGAUAUAAUGAACGCAGAAGAUCUAUGGAUGCAGGUUAUCCAAAACUGAUAACAAAUGACUUUCCUGGAAUUGGGAGCAAAGUUGAUGCUGUUGUCAGUGACAAUGAGUUCUUGUAUUUCUUCAGUGGAACAAGGCAGUAUAAAUUUGAACCCCAAACCAAGAGAGUUGUAGCUCUUUUGAAGACCAACAGCUGGUUUAACUGUGGAAACUACUGAGCAAGAUUUGAAGCUAUUUUGUAAGCACUGGGAAGAUAUUUUCUAAAAGAGCCAGAUUUUUCAGUAUUCAGUACCUUUUUUGUACCUGGGAGGUUAUUGU